UUUUUUUUAUGCUUCUUUCAUUAGUCUUACAGUUUAUUCGGUAACUCACACGACCAUUCCAAUCCUAUUGGUGGAAAUGCAGGUGAAGGUCGUGUUGCGGGCUGAUAUUUCGCCUGCUACAUAUGACAAGGUCGUCGUUAUAUCAGGUGGCGGUAGCGGCCAUGAGCCAGCUCAUUCUGGAUUCGUGGGUGAAGGGAUGCUAGCAGCUGCAAUAUGUGGUGAUGUUUUUGCUUCUCCACCAGUUGAUGCUGUUCUAGCUGGCAUCCGAGCUGUAACUGGUCCAAUGGGGUGUCUACUUAUUGUCAAGAAUACAGGAGAUGAGAGCAUAUGAUGCAUAUGGAGGAAAAAUUAA